UUCAUAAGUUCGUAGUUGUGCGCUGCGCAUUCGCAUUCUCGCAUGCGCCGUUCAGCCGCUUUGACCUGUGUUCAGCGUGCGCCGUGAAACAAUCUUGUCAUUAUUGCAUCAUAACUGUUUUGGAAACUGCGAAGGAGCGAGGAUUGAAGGUACGAGAUGUUGGCAGCGAGAAUCUGCCGGGCCGGUUUCUCACCGGGAUUGGCGUCGCUCGUCCGGGCUCCGAUCGUCCCGACGACGCCGCAGUUCUCCAAGGGUCAGGUCGUGAGAUUGUUCGUCAACGAUGGGCGCAACUCUUACACGAGGACCGCGAGGAGGAGAGCCACUGUGGCCGAACAAGCGAUGGCUCCGGCCGGCGAAACGGCGUUUAAUGUUGGGAAAGCAGCAGUUGCUGGAGGAGCGGUGAUGGGAUUGGGUGGUCUUUGUUAUUAUGGAUUAGGUCUGUCUUCGCGAACAGGCGCCAUAGAUCACGCACAGUUGUGGCCUCAAUAUGUCAAAGACAGAGUGAAAUCCACUUACGCGUACUUUGGUGCGUCCAUCGCGGCCAGUGCAGCGUCCGCGGCUAUGUGCCUGCGAUCUCCCGCUGUUAUGAACAUGGUGAUGCGUCAGGGAUGGGUCGCUAUAGGUGUAUCGCUGGCUGCGAUGAUCGGCAGUGGCAUGAUUGUACAGGGACUAUCAUACAAGGAAGGAUUUAAUAGCAAACAUAUAGCUUGGCUAGUACACACCGGCAUCUUGGGCGCAGUUGUGGCGCCGUUGACUCUCUUGGGUGGACCAUUGGUCCUCCGAGCGGCUUGGUACACCGCCGGAAUAGUCGGUGGCUUGUCAGCGAUUGCCGUUUGCGCGCCCAACGAUAAGUUCCUGGCAAUGGGUGGUCCGCUCGCUAUUGGUUUAGGCGUGGUGUUCGCCAGCUCGCUCGGUUCCAUGUUCCUUCCACCUACGACCGUUCUUGGAUCCGGACUGUAUUCCGUAGCUCUUUACGGUGGUCUUCUAUUGUUCUCGGGAUUCCUACUUUAUGACACGCAGAAGAUCAUCAAGCAGGCGGAAACUUAUCCAGUAUACAACGUUGAUAGGCCAUACGAUCCAAUUAAUAAUGCAAUCUCGAUUUACCUGGAUACAUUGAACAUCUUCGUGCGAGUUCUCACCAUACUGGCUGGUGGUGGUAAUAGACGUAAAUAGAGGAAUAGAACACGCGGAUCAAUCGAUAUGCGACUCAGGGAGUCCGUCUCGGUGCCGCUGCAUCCCGGUGGACUGAACAACAACCAGCUCCGCAGGCACAGCCCGAGCCGGAGCGUCGUCGGGGCCGGCGAGAUCGGCGAUCGCAACGAGAAUAACGCGGCCCAGGUGCCGCCGGCCGCCAGUCCCGUGUCGGCGGGCUACCCGAGCGACGAGUCGGCGGACUUCCGGCUGGCCGAGGACACCACCACGUGGUCCUCUCUGGCAAUCGCGCGCGACAACGUGCAACAGAGCAACCCGUCGACGCAGCAGCGAUCCGUCAACGUCAAUAAUAAUCUCACCGAGCCGAGGAUACGAAGGAACAGCUCCGUCGAGAGCCUCUCCAAUUACGAAGGCACGGUCGAAGAGCAAUCCGCCAACGUAAACAACAAUCUAACCGAGCUGAGGAUACAAAGCAGCAGCUCCGUCGAGAGCAUCGCCGAUUACGAAGGGCGUAACUCCCCGCACGAGAACUCGUCGCGCGAGCUGACGCCGUCCGAGUGGUCCGACUGGUCCGAGGAAGGAAACCUGCCGGCGGGCUGCCGCGGCAUCGUCAACCCCAACUACCCCGGCUUCCAGCAUCUGGCGCCUUCCCUGCUGUCGGACACCGACCUGACCGAGGACGAGCACGACAGCUAUUCCGAUUAUCCGCCGCUCCAUCACCACCAUCACCACGACGAGGUGGCCCCGUUGCCGGAGAACGACAACGAGUACAACAAUAAUAUCGACGACAGCGUCAAUCAUCUCUGUGGCCAGCGCAACGAUCGCAAGAUCUUCUACGAGAAGCCCAAGUUCAACAUACAGACUGUGACCUCUCUGUACGAGGCGGUGGUGCCGCCUUCGGAAAAGUGCAUCAACUACGUGAAGAGCGUAGAGAUCUCGAAGUCUGAGGAGAAGACGCUCUCGCCGGAACCAGAGGAAGUCGUCGUGAACGGCAUCGUCGAGGCGGAUAUAACCCAUCUGACGCUUCUGGACGAGCGGGAGGGGAGUCUAGCCGACCCGGUGGACCAGCGCGCCCCCGACUUGUCGCAGGUGACCUUCAAGGAUAAACGUGAGAGGGAGGUACCCGUCGAGGUCGAGCUGGUGGAGCUGACCACCAGCGUGAAUGAGAGCCUGCAAUUCCCGGAGAUCGAGGAGAUCCUGGACUCUGGGAAGACCAGCGAGGUCGGCGAGACGGAGGACGUCGCGGUGGAGCACAUCGACCUAAUACGCGAGGCAAAGGAGCUGCCUCACCCAGAUCGCUCCAAAAUAGGCAACCGUCAGCCGGUGACGACGACGACGACGUCGACGGGCGGUUCGGCCGACGACGACGAGUCGGAGAGCAACAGCGACUACUCCGAGGGCUUCGCCGAGGAACGGCCGACCUACACGAAGCUGGAGGAGAUCGAUCUGCUAUCGAGCAUCGGCCGCGACAUCGGCGUCGAUCUCGAGAAAUACGCCCAGCCGGUGCCAGACGUGGUCGCGAUGGAGUCGAUUGAGAGUAUGCGCCAACCGCGGCUCGCCCCGAUCGUUAAGAAUCACGUGGACACCAACAAGCUGUUGGAUCGCGACCUUUCGGAGGCAUCCAGCGCCGACGCCCGGAAGAAGGAGAAGAUGGCCAAGAACCAGGCCAAGCGCCGUCAGCAGCAGCAACAGCAGCAACAAUCGCGAAACUCUAAUUCCCAAAGGCGUCCCGAUAAGCGCAGAGUUGACAUCGAUAACGGAUCUGGUGGCUUCGACGUUUACAACAUCGAGACGGCAAUGCCAAAGAUCGAUCUGGACGCGAUCGAGUCGCAUCUCAGAGCUGCGCGUGAGGAGGAACGUCGGCGACGAAACGAUCGUGAGGAGAUUAGAAGGAGACUCGCGAUGGGACCUGAUGCCGAAGAUUUACGCGCCGAACGUGGACGAAAACCGAGUCUCCAGUCGCGUCUUCAGAGUGGAAUGAACCUCCAGAUCUGCUUCAUGAACGAAACAUCGUCGGACACUGAAUCUCCGGGUUCGGAGAACGACACGUCUCCUGGAUCCACGCCCACGUCCCUCAAUUCGAAGCAACUCGAUGGGAAGCAGGCACCAACGAGACCACAGAUGUUGAGUCUUCCAUCUCUAAGACUCGACUCGAACUCCACACCGCCGGUCGAUGAGGCUGACUUCUUCGCACGACAAGCCAGACUGCAGACCGAAGCGCGAAUGGCCCUGGCACAGGCCAAGGAAAUGGCACACAUGCAGAUGGAAGUGGAGAGACAGAGACUGAAGCAGAGCCCCAUCACCGAGAUGGUGCGAUGCAGCUUGGAAAAAGUUGGUGUACAGCUAGGAGAGGACAGACGUAGAUUGUCCCGUGUGCUUCUCACGGAAUUGAACGUCGCGCAGCUGCAAGUGGUAGCGAACGACUUGCACGCGAGGAUUGCCACAUUAAACGAAGCGCUCGUUGAAGGACUUUUAAGGAGAGACGAUUUGCAUAUGGAGCAGGAUUCGAUGCUCGUUGAUGUGGAAGAUCUCACUCGAUAUUUAGGUGCCAAGCAGGAAUCGUUGAAGAAGAAACAGCUAGGCAUGCAGCAGGCGGCAAAUUGGAUUCAUCAGCAAUCCCCUCCAGCUCCAACGAAGUUGUCGAUGAAACCGAAAUUGACACACUUGAAUCGCGGCCUGGUUGCCCUUGUAAGAAAAUAAUCUUUCGCCACGAGACUGCGCAGUCUCGUCGGAAAUUGAACUCCGAGCUGAGAAGGGCACCACGGACUUUAGGGACGUGAAAAAGCGAAAGAGAAAGAAGUGAAGAGAAGCUUCCUUUUUGAGAUAGGAGAAAGAACUUCUUUCGGAAAGAAAGGUAAAGAAAAGGAGGUCAAGAAACUUUCUUCAACAGGCGAGAACGGAAUUUUCAUUAGGAAAAAAAGAUGAAGAAAGCUUCUUCGCGAGAAAAAGAAUGAAAGAUCUCUUUCAAAAACGAUGAUAAGGGAAUUUUUCAUGGAAGAAAGAAUAUUGUCAAAUAUAAAAAGACAAUUGCGUUAGAGGCCGUGGUGUGCGUGCUCGAGAACUCUAAAAAAAAAACACGUAACGAUCAGCUUUGAUAAACGGUGGAAUCGAUUCCUACCGUUCUCCGGUAAAGGGAGAGCAGGAAGUAUCUUUCCCCUGAAUUUCCAAGAGUUUUUACAGCUUCGUCGUUAACGUGGAAGUAGAAAUUUACAUAUUUGUGUACCGCGUAAGCAAGAGCAGGAGCAACGAUCCUUCGUUUGUACCCUCACAUUGAGAUUCUCCGUCUCUCUCUUUUUAUCUCCUUCUCGUCUGUACUCGCUCUCUCGGCCCCUAAGCUCAGAUUAUGUCCCGCGACAUGCAUGCAUGUGUCUACGAGUGUAUCGAGUUAUUCGCCUUUAAAUAAUAGCGUAUCAUUAGCGAGAACGAAUCCCUUCUCUGUACAUAUAACGAAUCUAAUAUUAUUAGAUUAUUGCCGUAUCGAGAUUUCACCUGGUGUUUAAAGAGCGCUUCGUUCCGGUCGUCCAAUGUAAGUCGCGUGCGUUGAUGUGAUGUUAACAUUUCGUAAAGUCGUGUUUAAUUUAAUUGCGUGGUAGGGUAAUUCGAGCAACAAAAAUUUCUGUAUCUUACGAAUCCACCUUUAGAUUUAUAAAUUCAACGAUUCAACGAUAAGUAUUCUGAUGUGUAUAAUACUCUUGCUUCGGUAGAUCUCUAGAUCCGCCAAUAGAAGCCGCCAGCUGAUUAAACAAAUCCUUCGCGUAUAAAUUUGUCGUUCCACUCGGCUUGACUAUACGAGAUAUCGGCGAGACGAUGAACCAGUUUUUAUCUGUCGCAAACGACGAAGAAAGUCAAUAUACUUUCUUGAACGACACAAUGCGCGCGCAAGGGAAAGUGGAAGGAAUGGUGAACGCCAACGGAGGCGAAGGGAGUGCAACGACCGUGAAGAGCGAAAAAUGCGUUACAUAUCCAAAUAGGUGAUCUAGUAUGCAAAAAGCGAUUAGUCCAUACAUAGGACAACUUGUAAAAACAUAAUCUGAUAGAGAUACUGGAUCGAGCGUACCGUUUGUGAAACUUAUUCGUAUAUGCAAGUGUUACGAAGACGACUUCGAACUUCGAAAUUGAAAUUAUUCCAUUGAUAUGGAUUAUUCGGUUCUUGCAUCGUGCUAUCGUUUUUGCAUGCUGGUUUCUCACGCGAUCUCAUUCACACGCAGGAUUUCGAAUGUAGCCGAAAUAAAUCUUAACGAGUCUAACAAAGCUGCAACUAGCUUCGUUUCUUAGAUCCCUCAGCUCACUCUUAAAUUAAGAUUAUUUUAAGAUUAUAUCAACUCGAAAUAGACCCAUUUUAAAUGGAAUAAAUAUUCAUAUCCUGACGCGUGUGCGUAAAAAUUUAUGUGAUGUUUUGAAAAUACUUUCGAUUCUUAAAUCCCCGAUCGGUCUUAAGUAAAUUUGCAAGAAAAGAUUAUUGUACUUACCACAAAUUUAACUAUUUAGCGAUUUCACACAUUCUAGUAUGUAUUAUUUAUUACCAGUCCCAAUACGAAUCAGUUCUCUUUGGCAAAUUACUUUCACAAACGAAUAGAUUGAAUGUAUUCAGCUUGUCAACACUUUUUUCGAAAACGUCGAAAUUAUUCAACUGAAAUGAAACAGCUUCAUCCAAAAGAAAGAUGACACAGUGAAUUUAUAGUUCUUAAUUGCGUGCUGGAGACAUUUGCUUAAGAAUAACCUAUUCUCGAUCACGACAAUGUUGCAUUAUAAAAUUGUCAGUACAGUCAUAUAGGGGACUUUCGAUUAGUCCUACGAAACGAGUUCCACUCGCCCGUGAUUAAUUGAGAGCAAAGGCAGCUUUUUCAUCGA